AUGGACGGUUCAGCCCACCUCAGUGGCCGAAAUAUAGACACCGGCCAUGAGUUGCUCAAUCUUCUCCAGUCGCCUUUCAGUGGACAGCUUCAAGCUGCCUCGCUAUACUCUGCUUUAGCCACCUCACUCCCCGUCACAAUUGGCAUCGCCAUCUUUUUCUCCAUCUUGCGACCAUACCACCAGGCAAUCUACGCCCCAAAGCUAAAACAUGCCGACGAAAAACACGUGCCGCCGCCUAUAGGAAAGGCCCCUUGGUCGUGGAUUACGACGUUAUGGCGAACCAACGAAGAUAUGCUUUUGCCUUUGAUCGGCAUGGACGCUACCGUCUUUCUGCGCUUCGUUCGCAUGUGCCGCAACAUGUUCCUUACCCUGUGUGUUACCGGUAUCGGCAUUCUUCUCCCUAUCAACGUGUCAAGAUUCAAGAAUUAUGAAGGCCCAAAGCAGACCAGCUGGGUCAUCAGCAUCACUCCUCUUACUGUAUAUGCGCCUGCAAUUUGGUCUCAGGUCGUUAUCGCUUGGUGCUUCAACUUCAUUGUCAUCGGCUUCCUCUGGUUCAACUAUAGGAAAGUUCACCAGCUGAGGCGCAGGUACUUCGAGAGCGAGGACUACCAAAAGAGUCUUCACUCCCGUACAUUGAUGGUCUUUGAUAUCCCCAAGAAGGGCUGCUCUGACGAAGGUAUUGCCAGGAUCAUCGAUCAAAUCGCUCCCAACUCAUCAUUUGCUCGAACCGCUGUUGCCCGAAACGUCAAAGAACUCCCAGCCCUUAUCGAGCAGCACGACCACGCCGUUCGUAAGCUUGAGAAAAUCCUGGCUAAGUACCUCAAGGAUCCCAACAACGUUCCGAUUGCUCGUCCCAUGUGCAAACCCUCUAAGAAGGAUCGAUCAUACGGGACCUAUCCCAGAGGACAAAAGGUGGAUGCCAUUGAAUACUACACUCAGCGAAUUCGUGAUCUCGAGGUUCAGAUCAAGCAAGUUCGUGCGACUGUUGAUAAGCGAGGUUCGAUGCCCUACGGUUUUGCCAGUUAUGCCGACAUUGCAGAGGCCCACGGUAUUGCGUACGCUUGUCGCAAGAAGAAGCCUGUUGGUGCCACGGUCAAGCUUGCGCCUCGUCCCAACGACAUCAUCUGGGAGAACAUGCCAUUAUAUAGCAGCACACGCGGACGACGACGAUGGGUCAACAACAUGUGGAUCACUCUCCUUACACUUUUCUGGAUUGUUCCUAACUUGGGUAUUGCCAUCUUCCUCGUCAACUUGGAAAACUUGGGCAAGGUCUGGCCUGCGUUCCAAACAGAACUCGCUGCUCAUCCCAAAGUUUGGGGUGCCAUCCAGGGUGUUCUCUCUCCAGCUAUCAUGUCUUUGACCUACCUCGUUCUUCCUAUGAUUUUCCGUCGGCUUUCCGUCAAGGCUGGUGAUCAGACCAAGACCGGACGAGAGAGGCACGUUUUGGCCAAGCUUUACUUCUUCUUCGUCUUCAACAACUUAUUUAUCUUCUCCAUCUUCAGUACAGUUUGGUCAUUCGUCUUCAGUGUUGUCCAAGAUGCAACUGGCGCCAAGAAAGAGGAUGCUUGGGAAUCGAUCAAGAAACAAAAGAUCGCUAGCGGUCUUUUUGAGACCCUUUGCAACAACAGUCUCUUCUGGGUCACUUAUUUACUCCAGCGGCAACUCGGUGCGGCUAUCGACCUCGCCCAGGCCUGGCCUCUCAUUCAAGCUUUCUUCCUCAAGAAGUUUUCCAGCCCGACGCCCAGAGAGCUCAUCGAGCUUACCGCCCCACCGCCUUUUGAGUACGCCAGUUACUAUAACUACUUCCUCUACUAUGCUACAGUCACCAUGUGUCUGGCUGGUAUUCAGCCUCUUGUCCUGCCAGCAACAGCUCUUUACUUCGUCAUUGAUUCGUGGCUCAAGAAGUACCUUCUACUUUACCGCUUUGUCACCAAGACUGAGUCCGGGGGAAUGUUCUGGCGUGUUAUUUUCAACCGUUUCAUUUUCGCAACGAUUCUUUCUAACCUGGUAGUCAUGUUGACUUGCUGGGCUCACGGCAAUUUUGGAACUCAUAUCGAAUUCUGGUGUGUGGUGCCUUUGCCUUUCAUCAUGCUCAUCUUCAAGAUCUACUGCAACCGAGCCUUCAACGACAAGAUCACAUACUACAGCAUCCAGGACGUCACCAAGUCACCAGAGAAUGGAGUUGAUCCCAAGGAGAACCGCAUGCGCAGUGAGCGAUUGGCAAACCGAUUUGGCCAUCCUGCCCUCUACCGACCUCUCAUCACACCCAUGGUCCAUGCCAAGGCGCAAAAUCUCCUUCCUGCUAUUUACAAGGGUCGCCUGACGGAUGGCAGAGAAGUGGACUCCGGUGAUAUGAUGACUGUAAGUGGCUACUCGGACAUGGUUAUGCUGGAUCCUAUGCAGGGCGGAAAGCCAGGCAAGGCCGCCAACAAUGUUCCCGGGUUCGAGUUUGUCAAUGAUACUCAGAUGGACUUCGAGUACUACAAGAAUCGAGCCGAGUUUGCAGAGAACCACGGUGGAGGUGAGAUCUAUGGUCGCCCCGGAGAGAUCGGUCGCCCUGGCACCCCAGGAUCUAUGGAUGGCAGCGACUUCUCGCGGCCCGGUACACCUGUUGGUCGUUCUGCCUCUCCUGCUGCAUUCCCUGGCGGAGCAGCCCAGCAGCAACGAUUGAUGUCUCUUGCCAGCAACGUUAGUGGUGACACAAGCUACUCGUCUUAUCGACCAGGCGCCAAUACCGGCUUCACUCAGCAGAUGACUUUAGGUCAAGAGCCUCCACCUGCUCGAGGUCGUAGCCCGUUGUAUGCCCAAAACAAUGGAAGCUCCUCCAGUCUUGGGCUCAUCCAAAACGCUGCAGCUCCAGCGUACAGCAGCAAUCUCAACACUCCAGGCCGCAUGACACCUGCACAAUCGCCCGGACCUUCGGUCGGCGCUAUGGGCGGCGGGCCUCAAGGCUACAGCGGUCUUGCGCAGCACGAAGGUGGUGAGCAAUCAUACGACUACUUCCGUGGCAGCAAUCGCCCUAGGAGAAAUCCUGGCGAAGGAUGGUAG